GUGUUCUUCAUUUCCUUGUAAGCCUUGUCAGUGCUCUGCUGUCAUUUGUGGGAGCAGACGUGUCCUUCUAACGUCGUAAGAUGCUGCUGUGAUGGUUCACUGAUACCAAAUCCAAGGGAACAGGAACAAGAUGUGGGCCUUUAUAUUUCUGUAUAUCACGGGACUGAACAUCUGUCAGGUUACUGGAGAAGACAACUCAACAGCGAUGCAUUACGCCAAACUGACAAUAGACAAAGGUGCGAUCGGAAACAUAACCAAGAUGCUGAAAUCUUUUGAGCUUAACAACAACCUGCGAGUUGACAACCUUCAAAUGACAACAACCUGUCAGAAUGUCUCGACCAAAAAGGAGUGUACCUGCAAAUCAGGUUUCAGAUGGAGUGAUAAAGUUUGUCAGUCUGACAAGGCAUGUUGUGGCAGCGACAAAUGCACCUUCGCCACAAACUCAACUUACACGUGUAUUUCAAACUCUGCAGUUGUUAUCCAAGGAUCCAUUACUAUAGAGGGAACGUCCCAUCAAAACUGUCUGGCAGACAAAAACUCAGCAGAAUUUAAGAGUUGUAGUGAAACGUUGUUAAAUAAGAUGAAAACACAGUACAGCACUUUUAAGGGAUUCGACACCUUAGAAAUUACCAAAUACAGCGUUGGAAGCGUCAUCGCAGAUUUUGUAGUGACCACUGCUUUCAGCGUAAACCCAGAAGAUCUCUUUAACAAAUCAAAAGUCCUGAUCAAAGAUCUGAAAGCCUCAUUGUUACUGGAAACUACAGGUGUUGUCCUUUUAAGCAUGCCAGACAACCCUGUGAUGUACAAUUCUCAUCACGAGCUCACAUGUACAUCACAGCAGAAUCUGAACAGCCAACCGAUCUGGGACAUUAAAAAACAGGGCGAAAUCUCUAUCAUAACCAAUGGCACCGAGUCAGAGGUGACAAUAACAACAAACGGGACCACUCUCUUUCUCAAAAACAUCACAGAACUCUGGGCAGGAGAGUACACAUGUGCCUACCAUCAAAAAUCGGAAUCAUACGAGAUAGUUCACAAAGCCAAAGCUGUAAUGGAUGUAUCUCUCCUGCCAAACAUUGCCAUCACCACGGAUCCAGGAUUUCCACACUGUAAAGGAAACGGGGAUUUACUGAAAGUAAAAGGCAUUUGUGAGAUAAGGAAAAGCAAUGAACCUUAUACUGUGACAUGGACAAACCAAGGCCCAAUCAAAGCUGGAAUAAUUCCAAAAGGCCCCUUUAAUUCCUCUGAAGAAACAGUUCUUUAUGAAGCUGAGACAGUGGUUGGCUGCAACCGAUCUGAUCCCGGAUCACAGCUAACGUGCACAUUUCGGAACAGGCUCGACCAAACGAGAAAUGCUUCAGUUAAUAUCAAUAUAAUUUAUGUUGGUGAUCGCUUCUGUCAAGCUGAAGGUGACUGGGAAGACGCCAAAGCCGGUUUCACUGCAGUGCUAAAAUGCAGGGGGGAAGCUGGACAAAGACAGAGGAAAUGCAAAAAUAGCACUACAGGUGCGAUAUGGGAACAGGAGGUGUCAUACUGCGUGAACAAGGACUUGCAGAGUGUGCUGGAAAAUGCUCAAAUUGUUGACACUGGACUUGGUAAUCGAGAUGAAAAUGCUGCAGUAGUGUUUUCCCGCCUUCAGAAUAUCACAAAUAACACACAGAGAAUCAACACUUUUGCUAACGUGAAUACGUCAGUUUACGUUCUUUUAACCAUGACUAACAAGAUCAAUCGCAUAGCUAAUCAAUCGGUAGUGAAUAACCUUAUUGAAUCAUCCAGCAAUUUGCUGGAGAAGGAUCUUAAAAACUCUUGGACUCCUGCAAAAAAUGAAAAAGACAAUUUGACACUGGCUGAAACAUACCUGUCGUCUGUUGAGAAAUUAAUUGAGCGGACAGCCAUAAGCGAUAACGUUAAAAAAACAAAUUUAGAGGUAGUCACAUGCAAUAGCACAGACAGGUCAGAAUGUAACAACACUGUCUUCAAUGUCAAUGUCACCCUUGGUGGCUCAGACAAUGCCCAAGUAAAAACAGCUGGAUUUAAACAACUGGUGGACUACUUGCCCCGGAGCAAUGAGGAUUAUGGACCUAACAGCAUUGUUGUGUCAACAACUAUUGAUAAAAAACAAUCCCAGACAGUUGAGGUCAAUAUCGACUUCGAACUGCUCUCUCAGAGGCCUCGCAAUGUUGAGAUAAAGUGUGUCACAUGGGACAAUAACACCAGAGAGUGGUCAUCAGAUGGAUGCGAGUGGGAGGGUCCUUCCAAUGUGGGACGCUGCGUUUGCAGACAUUUGUCCUCAUUUGCCAUUUUAAUGUCUAAGAGUCCAAAAGAGGUCCCUGGAAUCGAGCAGAUAACCAUCAUUGGACUGUCUAUAUCAGUCAUGUCUCUAAUUAUUAGUCUUGCGAUAGAACUGACCGUCUGGAGUGCUGUAGUUAAAACAAAUACUUUAUAUUUACGGCACACUGCCCACGUAAAUAUUUCUGUAUCCCUGCUGGUUGCAGAUUGCUGUUUUUUAGCAUCUUCUAAACCACACGAUCUGCCAGAAAUCUGGUGUAAGACCUUUGUGGUGUUGAAGCAUUUCUGUUUCUUGUCCAUGUUCUUUUGGAUGUUGUGUCUAAGCUGCACACUUCUUCAUCAGGCAGUUUUCUUGUUCCAUACUGUGAGCAAGAAAAUCUACCUGAGGUUCUCAUUAAUCCUUGGCUAUGGAUGUCCUUUACUCAUCGUUGCUAUCACAUUUCUUACCAACCAGGGCGGUGCUGAAGGCGUUUACUUCCACAGUGAUACCUGUUGGCUGGUUUAUAGUGGAUUUUUUAAGGGGUCCCUCUAUACAUUUGUCAUACCAGUCGGUAUAAUUGUUUUCAUGAAUGUGUUCUCCAUGGUGGUGGUAAUCAUGAAGCUUCUGGAUCACCCUAAGACUACAGAAAAAUCUCAACAAACAGCUGCCAAAACUGUCAUGAGGUCAGUUAUUCUUCUGACUCCAGUCUUCGGUGUCACUUGGAUUUUUGGAUUUCUUGUAACGCUUCUUGACCUCACGGAGGGAACCAUAGCCUUAGCAGCCAAUUAUGUCUUUACCCUGCUGAACGCAUUCCAGGGUUUGUUCAUUUUGUUAACCACAUGUCUGGGGGACAAACUGACCCGUGACGCACUGCUGAAUCGUCUCAAGAGAAAUGUUCCAGCUUCCAUCAGUGACAGCUCCGCAAAGUUAGACUCGACAUGGAAGAAGUGAAAAUCGUCUCAAAUAUGUGCACUCUAAAAAAACAUUUUACAUUUUAGACAUAAAACCAAAGAUAAUGGUAAGCUACAUU